AGGCAAAAGGCAAAAGGCAAAAGGCGGGAAAAUCAAAGAGAGCUCCUUAAACAAAACACUCCAUUAAAAAUCCAAAAUCACUUCUAUUUUCUCUCUCCUACAAAACCCUAAACCGGACUCCGGCAACUCUAAUGGCCGGAAACCGCCAAAUCAGGGCGCUAAACGUAGCAGAAAAGCCGUCAGUGGCAAAAGCCGUUUCCGGAAUUUUGUCGAGGAAUCAAGCUAGGGUAAGAGAAGGAAGGUCUAGAUACAACAAAAUCUUCGAGUUCGACUACACAAUUCGAGGUCAGCCUAUUCACAUGCUCUUCACUUCCGUCACCGGACAUCUAAUGGAGCUCGAGUUCGACGACCGGUAUCGAAAAUGGCACUCUUGUGAUCCUAGUGAACUCUACCAAGCUCCCGUUCGGAAAACUGUUCCUCAGGACAAGCUGGACAUCAAGAGAACACUGCAGCAAGAAGCUAGAAGCUGCCAGUGGCUCAUACUGUGGCUCGAUUGUGAUAGAGAAGGAGAAAACAUUGCAUAUGAGGUAAUAGAGGUCUGCACAGAAGCUAACCGCAAUAUGAACACAUGGAGGGCUCGCUUUUCUGCGCUGAUUGACAGGGAUAUCCACGAAGCAGUACAGAACCUUGAUCGACCUAAUCAAUCGUUUUCCGAGGCUGUAGAUGCAAGGCAGGAGAUAGAUCUACGUAUUGGAGCUUCUUUUACUAGGUUUCAGACAAUGCUUCUUAAAGAUGCUUUCCACUUCGAUUUUGCUACCGAGGACAGAAAUCUUAUUCUAAGUUAUGGUCCAUGUCAGUUUCCAACACUGGGAUUUAUUGUGGAAAGGUAUUGGGAAAUACAAGCGCAUGAGCCGGAGGAGUUUUGGACUAUCAAUUGUUCUCACAACUCAGAGGAAGGAACUGCUAAUUUCAGUUGGAUGCGUGGUCAUAUGUUUGACUAUACUUGUGCAGUCACCAUCUACGAGAUGUGUGUUGAGGAACCGACAGCUACUGUUACAAUGGUUAGACAACAGGAAAAACUCAAGUAUCCGCCUUACCCAUUAAGUACAAUUGAGCUGGAAAAGCGUGCUUCACGAUACUUCAGAUUGAGUUCAGAGCACACCAUGAAGGUGGCAGAAGAGCUAUACCAAUCUGGUUUUAUUAGUUAUCCUCGAACUGAGACUGACUCUUUCUCGGCUAGGACUGAUCUGCGUGCAAUUGCGCAAGAACAACAAGCACAUCCAGUAUGGGGUCCCUAUGCACAGCGAUUAAUGGAUCCUGAAGCAGAUCUUUGGAGAAAUCCAGGUAAUGGGGGCCAUGAUGACAAAGCUCAUCCACCCAUUCAUCCAACAAAGUUUUCUGCUGGAGAGUCUGGAUGGAGCCAGGACCACCAUAAAGUAUACGAGCUGGUUGUUCGCCAUUUCCUGGCGUGUGUCUCACAGCCAGCUGUGAGCGCUGAAACUACGGUAGAAAUUGAUAUUGCUGGUGAAUUGUUUUCUGCAUGUGGAAGAGUGAUACUUGCUAAGAAUUAUUUGGAUGUCUACCGUUUUGAUACUUGGGGAGGAUCUUUUAUUCCAACUUAUAUGUUAGGACAACAGUUUGCUCCAACUACAUUGACUUUAGACUCGGGAGUGACCAGACCACCGCCACUCUUAAGUGAAGCUGAUUUGCUGAGUUGCAUGGACAAAGCAGGAAUCGGUACUGAUGCAACCAUGCAUGACCACAUCAAGAAGCUGUUAGAUCGUUUCUAUGCUACGAAAGAUGCAAAUACUCGUUUUUCACCAACUAAUCUUGGCGAAUCUUUGGUUAUGGGAUAUGAUGACAUGGGUUAUGAGCUCUGGAAACCUUAUCUCAGAUCCAAGAUGGAGGAUGAUAUGAAGGCUGUUAGCUUAGGGACCAAGAGAAAAGCUGAUAUUCUGGCUUCUUGUUUGCAGGAAAUGAAAGCUUGCUUUUUAGAUGCUAGGCUGAACAAAGUUAAACUCUUUGAAGCCAUGGGAAUAUUUUUUGAUAGAACUAAUAGGACUGGUGCAGAGGAGCAGCAAACAAUAGGUGGUGUUGUUCGCCGCUGUGGUCUUUGCCAACAGGCUGAUAUGGUGCUGAGACGCAGACAGGAUGGAAAAUUCAUGGUUGGGUGCUUGGGCUAUCCUCAGUGCAGAAAAGUUGUUUGGCUACCUGGGUCUAUAUCAGAAGCAGCUGUGACCUCUAAUACAUGCAACGUGUGCUCUCCAGGUCCAGUGUUCUUGAUUCAGUUCAAGUUUCGAAGAUUGGAAAUUCCUCCAAAUUAUAGUGUGGACCACUUAGGUUGCAUUGGUGGAUGUGAUGACACACUCAGACAGUUAACAGAGAUAUGUGGAACUGGUCCUCGCAAUCCUCCUGGAACAUCUGCUUCAGUGCGGGGACAAGCUCCAACCACAACUUCGGGAAGACAAGCUCCAACCACAACUUCGGGAAGACAAGCUCCAACCACAACUUCUGGAAGAAAUCCGGCAAGUAAUGUGCAGCGAGGUGUCUGCUCCCACUGUAGACAGACAGGACAUAGUUCAAAUGGCUGCCCUUCUCAAGUUUCAACAUCUGGGCGUGCUAGGUCUCGAGCAACAAAUCACACAAACGGUGGGUCAUCAGUACCAUGCAAUUCGUGUGGAGAACCUUGCGAAUUGCGAACAGCAAAUACUGCAAACAAUAGGGGCAGACAAUUUUAUUCAUGUCAAUCUCAGGAGUGCAGAUUUUUUGUAUGGGAGGAUACGAUUAAUGAUGGCGGUGUAGGACAGAAUGCUUCGCAUACCAAUGCAAGAGGCUCAAAUGCUACAUCUGGAAGACGGGGUGGCCGAGGCAGGGGUCGCCGUGGUGGUGGUGGUGGUGGCCGUGGAAAUGAUACGACUUUUGUUUCAGCAACAGGUGAACCUGUAUCCGGAAGAAGAUGCUUUAGCUGUGGUGAUCCAUCUCAUUUUGCAAAUGCUUGCCCAAACCGUGGCAUGUAGAUUUUGUGCUCUAUCCAAAUUUACUUACAAAUUUGUAAUUCGAAAUUAUAAUAUUAUGGACAUUCCAAAACUGUUUUCAUUAUAUAAUCCUGUAUUCCUGUUGAAUGUUUAGCUCAUAGUCCUGUAUUUAUGUUGCCUUGUUUGCAACUUGCGAGAUUAAAGAAAAAGUGGGAGGCAGAUUGCUGCUCAGAUAUCAGCAACCUGUAUUUGGAACA